CAACAAACAACAGAAAAUUCGUGAUGCCAGUAAAUUAUGAACGGAAACGGGAAAAGUUCGCAUCAUUUAAUUGGCUAACGGUACCAUAGAUGGGAGUCGAAAACAAGUAAACACAGAUUCGCGUUUCGGAUUAUGAUAUUAUUGUAGUCUGGUUUUGCUGGAAAUGUUAGUGCUGUACUUAUUAUUUCCUUAAUCACGCAUGUCAAACAUUAACAAGUAUUUGGAUAUGGUUCACCAUGAAAAAAAAAUGCUUUAUUGUUAUGACAUUUUGGACCAUCUUUGUGGUUGUCUUAGGUGUUUAUUGGUACCUACAACAUUUACAUCAUGACUCACAUAUUUUACUGCCAAGCAUUUUAGCUAGGGGAUCAAGUUCCAUUAGUGAACCAGCAGCUACUGUAUUUUUUAAUUCUAUGAAAAAGUACUGCAAUCUACCAACUCCUGAUAGUGUUUUUGGCUUUGAAGGUACAAUGUCCUUGUUCAUUGUAAAGAACUAAUCACAAAAGAUUUCAAUGAGAGUGAUAACAAUAUUUAGACAUGGUGAUCGGGGUCCAUUGACUACUUUGGAUGACAAAAGAAAAAUAAAUUGUAGUUCUUACAUUACAGAACGUUAUAAGAGACUAGAAAAAUUUGUAAGAACAUACAAAUCUGAAACUCUUGCUGCAAAACUACUUCCGAGAAGUGAUUUCUGUAUUCCUGGGGUAUUGUCUAAGCAAGGAGCUUCCCAGCUGAUAGAGCUAGGAAAUGGGUUCAAGGAAUCAUAUGCAAAACAUUGCAAUUUCUCAGAUUCUAAUAUUAUUAAACACCUUUCAGCAAAUACAACUUCAUACAGUCGAACAAUUCAGUCAGCAUAUUCCUUCUUAUUUGGACUUGUGGGUUCAAUGUUUUUAAACAUAAACCUUCAAAAGUCGGGCGAUGUGACUUUCUGUUCCAAAUAUUGCCGAUGCGAAGCUGCAAAUCGGUUUGAAAAAUUGCACAAGUUUGAACUAAAUGAUCUUUUUAAAAGCGAUGUCAGUCUAGCGCAUUUUUCCCCUCAGGUGCGAAGAAUCCUCAAAAACUCAGAGAAAUCAAAAAAAUCGAUUCUACCUACUACUCUAAAAGACAUACUUCUCCACUAUGCCUGUCACGAUGAGAUUCCCGGCUGCUCUGCCGAUGAAUCUUUAUGUGUAAACUCAACGACGAUUAUACCCUUAGAUUAUUACUUACAGCGUGAAGCUGAAGCAAGCUCUAGUGGCCUUAACUUAAAGAAAGCGGGAAUUCUUCGUGCAUAUGGACUCUUGAACACUAUUGAUCAACAGAUUCUGUCAUGGAUUAAUAUGUCAAAAAAGCGCAAAGCGCAAACUUUCCUCUAUUUUCCCUAUUUUAAUGUUUUUUCUGGGCAUGACUUAACUCUGAUGUAUAUUCUCGCAAGCCUAGGCAUUUACGAUGGCUACCUACCGCAAUAUGCAUCUCGGCUUACUUUUGAAGUUCUUUCUAAAAGAAGCCAAUAUUACUUACGUGUGUUGUGGAAUGGCUUCGAUGUCAGCCAAAACAUUUGCCCCUCCUCUCAGACCUAUUGCAAUGCUCGUUUUCUUGCGACUUUCAUCCGUUUUGAAAUGAAGCGCUACUUUCAAACGGAUGAUUUCAUGAGAGCCUGUAACCUCUAGUCUGCAGUCUAUUUCCUUCCUCAUCUAUCACUUAAGAAGUCGCGUAUACGUCAAACAGAAUGUUUGUUUUCUUAUUUCUUUUCACAAUUUUAUUAAUACAUUUACAUUUUCUCUUC